CCCCAUGGCCUUCCAGCUGGAGGCUAGCAUUCUGGAGGACAACUGGCACUCGGUCUUUUCUGCCAUACAGUGGAUACAAUUUGUUAUGGCUACACUGAGUGUUAUAGGUUCAAGUUCACUUAUUACCUAUGUUGUAUUCCAGAAUAUACAGAAAUCUCCAGAGAUAAGGCCACUCUUUUAUCUGAGCUUCUCUGACCUCCUCCUGGGGAUUUGCUGGCUCAUUGAAGCACUUCUCUAUGGAACUUCAGCAGCCAAUAAGGACAUUGUCUGUUAUAACCUGCAAGCAGUUGGACAGAUAUUCUACAUUUCCUCAUUUCUCUACACUGUCAAUUACAUCUGGUAUUUGUACAAAGAGCUGAGGAUGAAACACAACCAGCAUGGACAGAGCACAUUUCCACUGGUUAUAGAUUAUACUUGUCAAGUUGGUCAAAUAGCCAUCAUUUUGUCAAGCCUGAUACCUCUACUAUUGAUGAUACCUGUAUUCUCUCUGGGCAAUGCCAGUGGAUGUUUCCACAACUUCAGCCAGAGCCACAGGUGUAUCCUGAUGUACUCACCACCAUCAGCCAUGGCUGAACUCCUGCCUUCUGCCAACACAUCAGUCUGUAGCACACUUUAUUUUUAUGGGCUCACCAUUUUCCUGGCCAGCUUUCUACUCAGCCUCCUCACCAUUGUGAUCCUACUCAUCCAAGCCCAAACACUGUAUAAGAAGUUUGUGAAAUUGACUGGCUUUCUGGGGAGUGAACAGUGGGCAGUGAUUCACGUUAUGGAGCAGCGAGUGCGCUUCUACCCAGUGGCCUUCUUUUGCUGCUGGGGCCCAGCUGUCAUUCUGAUGAUCAUAAAGCUGACUAAAGCACAGGACACCAAGCUUCACAUGGCCCUCUAUGUUCUCCAGGCUCUAACAGCAUCAUCCCAGGGUCUGCUCAACUGUGGAGUAUAUGGCUGGACACAGUACAACUUCUACCAACUAAAGCAAGAGGCUCGGCGUGAUGCAGACACCCAGACACCAUUGUUAUGCUCACAGAAGAGAUUCUAUAGCAGGGGCCUAGAUCCAUUGGAGUCUACACUUGCUUUUGCUACCAGCACCUCCACCAUUCUUUGAAACUAUAAUACUGGAACAUCCGGGAACUAGAGUUAUUCUACAUUAAUGGAUGGGGAAUAGUGUUGGGGAAGAGCAUCUUAAGUCUUUUCUAACCAUGCUUUAGCUAUGGAAGUGAAAGGGAAUAUACUGCCAUGGUUAGUAGCUAUUCUAGGUGGAUUGGGUAGGACCUCUCCCUUAUUCUCAGAUUCACUAGUGAUUCCUAAAGUCUUUGUUCAGGGAGGUGAAGCCACUUUCCAUCUAAGAGAUACACUCAUAUUACUUUGAUGAAUAUUAUAUUUGUCCAAGUCUCUUCUAGAAAAAAAUAAAUUUCAGAUUAUUAUUUAUACGUGCCAUUGCCAGGCUCUCUACUCCACAGUUGCAGGGGAAGUAGGGUGGCAUGCAACAACUUACUCAGCUCUUGCCAUUGCUAUUACUCUCUCUCUGAGGUUGGACAAAAAACGUCCUUGGUUCCUGUUCUUUGAAGAGUUUUGGAAAUUCAGAAGAAACAAGGAUAACAACUGUCGAAAAAACAACAGUGGGAUCCUCAGACACACCAUAUCCUAGUCUUUUAUAUGUUCACUACUGUUCUAGGUCUUGACACUAGGGUCCAUCCUGCUGUAGAAAAUUAAGGCCAAUCUUUUGAAGUUACAGGAGAUAAUAAGAUUUAAAAGAAAUCAGGACUAAAAGAAACUCUAUGAUUCAAAAACUCUUAACUCUCAUUUACAAGCAGAAGUCCAAGGUGUAGGUUUCAAAGUGCCUAGACAUAGAAUUAGGUUGAAUCGUAUGAACUUGCUGUUUUUGUAGGUGAAAAUGGUCUAAUAUCAUCAAUUUUACAUGGUUCAACCUAACAGUAAAUGCUAAAUAUAUGUUUAUAGAAUAAAUGAAUGAACAAGUGAAUGAAUGAAUGAUAAGUAGAAUUUGAACCUUUUGGGAAAGAAAAGAUUCCCAGACUGCAGAGCCUCAUUCAUAGGUAGGAAUAUCUAAUCUGUUUCUUCCUCUUCAAUCACAUAACAAGUGAUGUUUGGUCUCUGGUUAAGUUAUGAACAAGGCCAGUCUGAGGCCAGGGCAUCAGAUACUAUGAUGCCAAAACAAAGAGGAAAGCCAAAUGGACAAAGUGACUGGAAUGAUAAUCAACUAAAACAUCUGGAGCUAAUAAUCAGAAGCUUCUCACCUAGUGAAUUCCCUUGAUCUGUCCAAGGCAAAAUCCUUAAGAUUAGAGAAAAUUGACAGAGUAGAUUAUAAUGGGGGAUUAGACAGGAUACUCUGAAAAGUAAGUUCCAGAGAUUUUUCCAGAGGAGCUUUCUAUAAAAUGUUAGGGAGUUCAAUAAUAGCUCUUUAGGUUUUGGGUCAUGAGCUUUAGCCUUACUGUGGAGGGUAACCUGGCCUUGUUCUGUCAAGAUCACAUCUUGAGGCCUCUCCUUGCCCCAAAGCUCUGGAGACCCAAUUUCUGGAUAGCACAGAACAAGAAAGACUGCCUCACCUAGGGAGCUGCUUUAGCUUCUUUUAAUUUAAAAACUAGUGAGAAUUUGGCAUAUAGAAAGACAGAUGGAAACAAGAAAGACUUCCUGUUUUCCAUAGACCUUGAGGGACACCAGAACUAAGGAGUCUGAUUCUUAAAAAGUCCUUUCAGUAUCACUUCAUAUUUGGCUUUAUUACCAGAAAGAAGGUAAUUAUUAAAUUUUUGUCAGGUUUUUUCACCUUGCUUUUCUGAUGAAUUUUUUUGCAUUGACAUUGGUCUUACAUCUUCUAUGGUUGUAGGCAAAAAAAAAAAGAUAGUAGGAAUGAGAAAUAAUAAAAGGCUAGGCACGACCCAGAUUAGGAUUAUCAGCUUUUCGUCAUACUGAAAGUCAGAGGGGACAGGUGGAGCUGCCCCCAUAACCCUUGAAUUUAUAUGUAGGAGGGGCAUAGACAUAGACACAGUGGCAGUUGUUAAAAUUGUUGCAAAUAGCCUUCCCGUGAUAGCUUGUCCAGGUUGUAGGCAUAGUGGAGUAUAGUGGUAUCUAAGCAGGUUUGAUUAAUACAGAUCUUCUGUGGACCAUAUAGGAUACCAUGUUUCACCUUCCCCUCAUCAGCCCUGUCUAUAGCUUCAAAAAACUCUGCACCCCAAGACCAUGUGUCCUACAUGGGGAACUAGAUAAGUGUUUGAUGUUUUUUAAUACAUGAGAGCCUUUGGAUGUUUUCACAUAGCAGCCUCCCACAUUUUACAUCUUGGGCCUUGCACUUGCUGAAGACUUUAAACAUCCCUUUAGAUUAACUGCCACAGUUUCCAAACCUGUCCCCCUUGGUAUUCAUGUAAUGAUAGCAACUUUCCUGGGCAAUCUUCCAAAGAUUUUAACACAUUGUUUUUCCAGGCUGCAGCGCCAGCCCUGGUGACAACAAUCUUGUUCUUUGCAAGGUGUGCCAUCUUGCUUUUAGAUAUCUGUCUGCCACCACUUGGAGGUGCCAUUAUAGUAUUCUUGGAGGUCACACUCAUCCAUACUGAGGUGGCAGGCUGUGGUUGCCUUUAGAAAUUUUCAGUUUUUUGCAGCAGGAUCCAAAUGCACAAUCUGAACCCUUCUUCACCUGGCAUGAGGGCAGACAACACUGAUCCUUUUGACAAUCCAAGACACUGCCACAAUCACAUUCAUCUCCUUUAUGCACUAUCUUAUUCCUACAAUAUGGCUUUCCAAAGGCGCUUUGGAGCUCAGGUUUAUUAAAUAGGCAGUCCCCUCUGUGCUUAUGCAAUAGCUAGUGGAAGUAGUGGAAGCUGCAGUUGCUGAAGCCCAUCUCUACAGUAAUAAAUUCAUGCAUAGUACGGAGGUUCUGGCCAUGGGACUUGCAGGCCACAUGGUGAUGCUUCAUUCCCAAAUUGUGGCCAAGCUCAUGAGCCACGAGAGCUGUGAAAUGUGGUGUAUCUUCAUGAGAGAAAGAUUAAACACUGCUUGUAUUCUUGGCAGUGCAGAUACCACUGAGAAAUGCAUGGCCCUGGUACUUCCCAAGACUUUGGCCAACAAUCAUAUGAGCGACAUCAUGCUUCACCCUUCUCAAAAGAUGCCCGUCUCUCCAGCAGUUAAAAUUUUGAAGUGUUUCCUGCAAAUUCACAGAGAUUUGCGCUAAAUUUCUCUCUGUCCAUAUCUCUAACCCAGUAAGUACUACUUUCACAUUUAGCUCCUUCAUGUACCUGUUGACCCAGAGAAUGGACAUUCGUUACCAUCUGUGUUGUCUUGGUAAUACUGUUUUCCACAUUUGAAACCACUUAUUGUCAACCACGAUAAAUAUUUCUACAUACUUGGGAAGUGACCACAUAGAGGGCAUAGGAACUAAGGAGAGUUCUAUUCUGCUCUGAAUUUGUAAAGUGGCUAAGAGCUCUUCCUGUACAUCUCCACUGAUUGCACAAGACUCACUUGACUUUAAAGAUAUGCUGUAAACCCUAUGUUCAAAAUUCUUUGAAGAAUAUAUAGGCUUGAUGUCAAAGACAGUGCAAUGUAAGAUCAGGAUUCCCUUUAGUCCUAAGCAAGUGCUGAUAGUCACAGGAGAAUCCAGGUCAUCCUCUGAAUACUCAGUCAUCCUGAAUAAAAGACAUGUCCAAACCUAGUUUCCCAUUUUCAUGUGUAUCAACAGAGAAGUUCUUGACAAAUAAAUAAUUCUUUCUUUUGCUAUAAAUUAAUAAUAUGCCAUUUCCCUUGUAUGAGCAGGACAUAGGACACCUUGUCUGAUUUUCCUUCCAGUCCUCUGAACAUCAUCAAGUUUCUAGGUAUGACUAUUUGGUAAUAAAGAGAUUCCCACUUACAAUGCAUCCCGUGAGGAAUAGUCACUAUCAGCAAUAAGAUGACAUGCAGCUUAAUAUGGGAAGGGCCCAUUCUUAAAUGCCCCAUCUGGAGAUUCCUGGAAGAAAAAAUUACUCCAAACCUUACCCAUGACCACUUGAUUUCAUAGAAGAAAGGCCAGCAGGGCGACAGAGUAAAUAACCAGGGUUGUCAUUGUCAUGGCCCAAGUGAAACAGCUAAUGAUCCCAGACCUCUUGCUCUCAAUUGCUCUCUUUGGGACCCGAAUCGUUGUCAGUGACACAGUUUGGCCAAAGCUCAAAGCUAUGCUGCCUGCCAGAAGGAUAGCUGUUCCCACUGCUGGGAAUUACAUGAUGACACCUGCGUUUUGACUGUCUCUUCCUACUCCUGUUGUGCUCUCUCUCUUCAGAAGUGUCCUUACUUUGCAACCUUCCUCAAAGAACAAGAGUUUUAGUGUUCCUUAGCUAAGCUCCUGCUGUCUUCAUAGAGGAGUCUUCAAGAAGAGGAAACUUUCGGAGAUUCAGCCAGUGCUAUGACCCAGGACCCAGGCCCUGAGAAAAGAAAAAAAUAUAACCUUCUUCCCUCAGUCCAGUCCCCAUGGAACAGCCAUCCCCUCCUGUCAUUGUUAUUCUUUUGAGUCAUUGAAACUAAAGGUUCCAGAGCAGGGGUUUGUGGAUCUCUGGGUAGGUCACAGGCCUCUGCUGUCCAAUGCCUUUUGGACUGUUGGAUCAGUGGACCAUGCCAUUGGACCAUUCCCUACUCUAUACCACACAGCCCAUUUCAAACCUCCAAUCCUUUUCCUUUUUUUUUCCUUCAUUAUUCACAAUAUGUUUAUUUAUUUGCUCAAUCCUAGAAUACAUGUGGAGUAUUUUUAGAAUAACUAACCCAUGCCUCUGUGCAAAGCAAAUAUACGAACUAGAGAACAAUAUUUGUGUUCAAUUCUUUUUGCCUUUAGCCUUAUGGAAUGAGGUCAAAAUAAUAUUUUCCAAAAUUAUUUAGGUUAGCAUUUUUCCAUCCAGACCUAUUCAGUGUGGUUAUGUUAUUCAUUUUUAAUACAGUUAGGUUCAUAUGUUACUGUUUGGAUUUCAUUUUGGUUAGCUUCCACAUUUUGGAUGAUGAUGAUAAUGAUGAUGAUUUGGGGGGUUAUGUGAAAUGUUACCAUAAUUUUAAAAGUCUGUACUAUACAAAAAAAUGUACUACAGGUACACCUUCUUGAGCCUUUAACCUGUUUCCAUGUCCUUGUUCUCUCCAGUCAGUUCUCACCCAGCAAUCUCCAUAGUACUUAGUUUAUUUUUCCUGUAUUUCCUUCUGCACAAAUUAGGAGAUGCAUGUACAUUUUCUUGUAUCCCUUUUUUUCUUAUAUAAAUGUAGUGUAACAUUUUGCACUUUCCUUUUUGAACUUAAAGAUAUAUCCUGUAAAUCACUCCACAUCAGUUCACAGAGGUCUUCCUCAUUCAUUUUUUUCACAGCUGCAUAGUAUUCCAUUUUGUGGAUAUAUCAUAAUUUAUUAAAUCACUCUCUUAUGUAUAAGCUUUUAGGUUGUUUAUGUUAUUUUGACAUUACACACAGUGCAUCAACAAAUAAUCGUGCACAUAUGUAUUUCUGUAGAGGCAAAUUCUAAGAAAUGGGAAGGCUGUAUCCAAAGCUAACUGCAAAUGUAGCUUUGUUUGAUGUUGGCAAAUUCCCCUUCAGAAGAGAUUUAUCAGUUUUCAUUCCUCCUAGCAAUGUAUUAGAGUGCCUGUUUCCCCACAGUCUAAAUAACAGAAUAUGUUGCCAUGCCAUACAUUUUAAUUAUCACCAAACUAAUAGAUGAGGAAUGGCAUCUCAGUGUUGUUUAAUUUGUAUUUUUCUAAUUUUGAGUGGAUUUGAACAUGUUUUAAUAUGUUUGAGACCAUUUUUAUGU